GCCAUCAAUCACACGCGCAAUUUUCUCAAUUUACUAUCCAACAUGGACGAAGACACAAUCUUUGCGAUCGCUAUCCUCUCGCUCUACGUGGCAGUCCCGGUCCUCAUCACCGUGAGCAUCACAUCCUGCAUUGCGUACUCGCGCACGAAGAAAUGGGACAAGGAGCGCACGCAGAAGCUCACAAAGGAAGAGUCGGCCACUCUCCUCGAUGGCGAGGUCUCGGACGAAGACGAUUUCUACGAUACCGAAGAUGAACAAGAACAUCAGGAGCGCAAGCGCGAGGAGGAGCAGGACAAGCUCUUGACGUUCAAUCAGAAGUUCAGGAAGGAAUACAGGAAGGUCUGGAAUGGCAAGGGAGCGAAGCAAGUCAUUAAGGAGAAGGAGCGUGAAGAGAGGAGGAAGUUGGCGAAGGCUGUGGCGAAGGAGCUUGAUCGCAGGGAGAGGCGUAGGGCUAGACUCGCUGCGGGUGACGCUGCGACCAGCGAGGGGCUUCCACCAUAUCCUAAGAAUUAGACGGUGGGGGAGGAUGAAGGUGCUCAGCAUUAUGAAUGCAUGAAUUGAGACCUUUUAGGCGUAGAGUUUCUCACUUGGAUCAAGACUGAUAUACCCAUCUGCUCGUUUUUACAAUGUGACAAAAAACUAUAAUACAAUAUGAAUGGCUGAUUUCGCCACCAACCGAAUUGACCAACAACCACUAUCAUUACUAUGUUAAAUUCAAAUUACU